GUAUCAUUUCAGCUACGGUCAUUAUCGCAAUAGCUGCAGGGGGCGUGGUCUUCCUUAUAAUCUGCAUUGUCAUUGCGGUCAUGUGUUCAAGAACAAAAAGAAAAUCAAAAGAACACAGGGAAACUGAAACUGCUGUAGACCAUAAUGUCUUGUAUGAAGCAACAAGAGCACAUUCACCGGAUGCAGCAACCAAUCAUGUGGUGACCCCUAGCGGCGAUAUAUACGCACAGGUCGAAAGGCAUUCGAAGGUCGAAACAACGAAUUCAAAAGAGCAGUCUCAUGAUCCGGAACAGGAAAUAGGUCAUGUGGCGACACCUAGUGGUGAUAUAUAUGCACAGGUCGAAAAGCAUUGGAAGGUCGAAACAGCGGUUUCUAAAAAGCGGUCUCAUGAGCCGGAACAGGAAAUAGAACAUGUGACGACACCUGGUGGUGAUAUGUAUGCACAAAUCGAAAAGCAUUCGAAGGUCGAAACAACGAAAUCAACCAAUCACUCCCAUGAACCGGAAGAAGAAGUAGAAACUGUGAUGACACCUAGAGGUGAUAUUUAUUCACAAUAUGGGAAUAAGUCAGAUGCUAGUGUGUAUUUCUAAUGAAAUGUUCAAAUGAUGAGCUACUAAGGACACAAGCAAAUUUAAUCAUGGUGAUGGUUUCAAGUCAAGCUAACGUCAGUAUAUAGAGAGAAAUGCAUCUUGACCACCCAUCAAUUAAACUUGCUCAAGAGUUCUAGAGCUAAAGACUGAUGGAUACAAUACUUGCCAGAGAAGAUAAUUUCACAUUGGAAGAGCAGUAUUCAGUGCCACAAUAAAGAUACUUCAUUAAUACAUAUAAUAUAUAUUCAUUUACAUAUUCAUUUCAAUAGUCCACGGAUAGAAACUGUCAAAUGGCAAACUGUGUUAAAACAUAUUGUCAUUUUAUUAUUUCGCUUUUAUAAAAUUAUAUGCAAAUUUCUUUUGUGUAAUUUUUC